CUGUUGGUGGCUUUGGCACUCUAUGCACUGGGACACAAGCAGGUUAUCACAGCUCUUAGUUCGCGAAAAUGCCUUUACCAGCAAGAAUUGGUCGGUCCCAUGAGAACCCUAUAGAACCCAUGCAGGUUGACAUAGCACCAGAGGGUGAUCAUCCUCCUUUAGAAGACAAUUUCACUAUUGAAUCUGCAACUCUGGAUCUUGAUGUGUAUGCAUCAAACUAUACCAGCCUUACAAAAUUAAACAGAUUGAUGUUUGUUGCAAAACAUUGUCCAUCCCUUGAAGUUGAUGCUUUAAGAAUAGCCCUCAGUUAUGUGAAACAAACAUUCAAUGUCCAGCUUUAUCAGGAGAUUGUGACACGGAUGACAGAAGCAUGUAGCCGCAGUGAAUUGGAAUGCCCAGCUGUUGAUGCCACCUGGAUUGAAACUACAAGUAAAAAAGCUGCUCUCAAGCUUGAGAAGCUUGAUACAGACCUGAAAAAUUACAAAAGUAACUCAAUCAAAGAGAGCAUCAGACGUGGACAUGAUGAUUUAGGGGAUCAUUACUUUGAAUGUGGAGACCUGAACAAUGCAUUAAAGUGUUACUCAAGAGCCAGAGACUACUGCACCACAGCAAAACAUGUUGUCAAUAUGUGUGUUAAUGUCAUCAAGGUCAGUAUUCACUUGGGUAACUGGUCACAUGUGCUGAAUUAUGUGAAUAAGGCUGAGAACACUUCAGAACUAGCUGAGCAGAAAGAUAGAAAACCAAAUCUGGUGACUCUAACCAAACUGAAGUGUGCUGCAGGCCUUGCAGAGCUUGCUACUAGGAAGUACAAAUCAGCUGCCAGGAAUUUCUUACAAGCUUCUUUUGACAACUGUGAAUGUCCAGAGAUUAUCUCACCCAAUAAUGUAGCAGUUUAUGGGGGACUGUGUGCAUUAGCUUCAUUUGACAGACAAGAGUUGCAAAAAAAAGUUUUAUCAAGCAGUUCGUUUAAGCUUUUUCUUGAGUUGGAGCCACAACUGCGAGAUGUGUUAUAUAAGUUCCAUGAGUCGCAGUAUGCUGCCUGUUUGAAACUUUUGGAUGAAAUGAAGGAUAACUUCAUGUUAGACAUGUAUUUAGCGCCACAUGUCAACACUUUGUACAGUCAGAUUAGAAACAGGGCUUUAGUACAGUACUUCAGUCCAUAUGUGUCGGCGGAUAUGGAGAAGAUGGCGCAUGCGUUCAACACAACUGUUUCUAAACUUGAAGAUGAGCUGUCAGAGCUGAUACUUGACGGGCAGAUACAGGCCAGAAUCGAUUCACACAACAAGGUUCUGUUCGCGCGAAACGUUGAUCAGAGAAGUGUCACCUUUGAAAAAGCAAUAGAAAUGGGAAAAGAUUAUCACAAAAGAACUAAGGCCUUAAUUCUUCGUGGUGCCAUUCUGCGCAACCAAAUCGUCGUCAAAAGCCCUCCACGUGAGGCAAGUUCUGGCGAUGUGUCCAUGCCGGUUACACGAUAGGGGCUCUCGGAGCUUUUGAAGUUCCUUUGAUGUUCACUAAAUUUCUUACUGGUGUUUGAUGAAAUCAAAUAUAAUUUCUUUAGUUGAACAUUGUAAUGGUUGACCUUUUUUUUUCACUCCCAGGAAGUUAAUUUAAAUAAAUUGUUUAGUUCGAGUACACUGUACGUGUCGGAGCUCUUAAUUUAUUCGCUCUGAGGGUAGUUAAUGGUGGCAGUUAAUUGUGGGUGAUUCUUACAUGCAAGGUCGAAUGGUCGAGUGGA